AUGACCUCCCUUCAUCGCCUGUAUCUCACGGCUCAUGAAAAUGAAGACGACGACACGCAUUCCUCCACUCUCCGGCUGGGCUCGGCUCUAUUGAGCCUCCCCUCGCUCCACCAUGUCGAUCUGACAGGCGUCGGGUCACUCAUCCGACUUCUCAAACAAACGACCGCACCGCUCUCCCACCUCUCUAUCGAUUACCUCCCCCAGUCGAUCUUUCCCAUUUACAACCUCCCAUUUUUCACUCCAGCUUCGGCGCAAUCUCUCACGGAACUGAGUUUGACACACUUUCCCCAGCGUAUCGGCCUGACUACGGGCCUCCAGUUCCUCAACGUACAGACACUCAGGCUCCGCAUUUACAAAAACGACUAUAUUCACCUCGCGUUCUACGCACAGACGUUCCCCAACAUCCGCAGGCUCUUCUUCCGGAAAGAACUCAUCCCCAGCUAUCUACGCUAUGAGCGGGCGGAGAACGCCUCAGUACGCGACUGGGUGCGCAUCGACGAGGUCCACGUCUCCCCCUACGACGCGUGCCAGCUCGGGCUGUGCGCACAAGUCGGGAAGCUCGUACUGUCCGUAUCGGGUCCCUCUGCGACGGAGUCGUGGAUAGGAAUGCACUUUAUCGGGAACGUGCUUGCGAGGGCUCGCCCGAGGAGCGUGGAAAUGCACAUCAUCCACGAGAACAACGCAACAAAGAGCGAGCUCCGCGCAGCUUUCGGCUCGCCCGGGGAAUGGGAGAGUGUGAGCGACCUUCAUCUCCACCUUGAGUUCGAGAUGGGGGUGGAUGCAGCCCUCUCUUCCGUGGACAAUCUCGUCGACACUGUGUCUCGCCUCCAAAUCGCUGUAUUUGAUCUUCAAAUCGGGACCACCUCAGCUUUCGCCCGAACCUGCAAAGCACUCCACCCCCACGGCAUCCGCCUACUUCUCGACUGGAACGAAGAUGGCAUUCUCAUCAGCACCAUCCCCUCCAUCCAAUCAUUUGUCGCGUUUCUCGGAACAGACUCUGUCCGUCGCUGUGGUCUCGUCAAGAAUCUCAGAAUCUCGAUGCCCGUUUUCGUGAGCACUCCGGAAGCCUUGCUCGAGGCUCUCGCCGCCCUGGCGUCCGAUAUGACCACUCUAGAGCGCCUCACCCUCGUCGUCUCCGGAUUUGCGAGGGACCCUCCAUCCCAUCCCCCCAUAAUCCAGCUUUGUCGAUCGCUCCUGAUCCUGCCCACCCUCAAACACCUCACCCUUGUGGCCUGUCCGCCUCAAUUUCGUAUUCUCAAGCACAUGACCGCUCAGCUAUCGACCCUUGUCCUGCUCCCCAUGGGCUCCUUUCUCGACCCCACUCACACCUAUCGCCUCGCGCAGAUCGCUCCCGCGUCCGCGACCACCCUCACCUCGCUCACACUCAAGCACAUUCCUCUCUCCAUCGACCCGCAGACAGACGUCCCUUUCACGCGCCUCACCACCCUCACCGUCACACUAAAUGUCCCGCCCUCGCGUCGUGCCCCACCACUCUACGCGCACGCCUUCCCGGCCCUCCGGAUCCUCACGCUCUUCUGGUACCGACCCAGCCAAGAUCUGGGAACGGUGCGCGUGUCCCUCUACGACGCGUAUCGGCUGGGGCUGCGGGCGCGCACGGGCGGCUCGUCCUGCGCGUGCCGGGACCGCACGACGGCGACGUGUCAGCUCGUCGUCGAGCGAGAGGCGUGCGCGAAUGGGGACGCGCUCCGGGAGGCGUUCGCGGAGGCAGGGCAUUGGUCGAGCGUCAGGGAGCUCUCGCUCAAGCUGAACUUCCACAUGACGCUCGAGUGGGCGAAAAACUUGACGGACGUGCUGCUGGCUGUUCCGCUAGCUACGCUCAAGUUGGAGAUUUGGUCGGUUCUGGUUGAGGUCGAGGACCAAAUCGAAGAGGUUUUCAAUCAGCUAUCGCCUGAGCACGUCGGGAAGCGGAUCAUCGAGUCCCAUGAAGAUCUGAAGCAUAUAGACGUGACCGUCGGCGUCGCUGUACUUUCGACAAACGAGGAUGAGGGAGAGAAGUGGGACAUAGUGACAAGGGAGUACACGAACGUGCGGAAUAUCCUGGAGGUGAGAAGCCUGGAGCAGAACUUUGCAAUAUUCUAUCUCACGAGUCUUGCUGUCGGGUACUAG